AUGGGAGUUGACGUAGACCCCCUNGACCCCCUGUCGCAUGCCGUGGCCCUGCACACCCUGUUGAAUCGAGCGCUCUCAACGUUGGAUGAUGCCGCGCAUUCGGAUUUACUGCUUGAUCGCUUCAUGGGGAGCCUGCCGGAAGAUUUACGCGAGGCGGCAUGGAUAUUGAAUGUGGAGAAGACCAUUUAUGNAUUUAUGUAUUCAAACUGA